UAUAUGGGCUCUGAUGUGACAGCUGCAGCUGAGAAAGUUGUCCAUAUCUUUGGUCUUAACAACACUAUGUUUUCUCAGCUUAAAACAACUAUUAUGCUAUCUUCUUUGGAGCUCUGGUCAGAUGAAAAUAAGAUUUCAACUAAUGGGGUUGCUGAUGAUGUACUACAAAGGUUUUUGUCAUGGAAACAAAAAUUUAUGUCUCAAAAGUCCAAUAUCAUGGCAUAUUUAUUAAUUUAUAGGGACCAUCCUAAUUAUGUGGGAGCAAUGUACUAUGGAAUGGCAUGUGAUCCAACAUUUGCUGCAGGAAUCGCUUUGUAUUCAAAGACAGUAACUUUAGAGGGAUUUUCAGUUGUCAUGACACAGUUGCUUGGAAUUAAUCUGGGAUUGACAUAUGAUGACAUCUACAGCUGUAACUGUCCAGGAGCUACAUGCAUAAUGAAUUCUAAGGCAAUGUAA